AUGGCAGAGGCGAUGAAUGAAGUGGAGAUGGUGAAAUGCGAGUGCUGCGGAUUGACGGAGGAAUGCACGGUGGCGUAUAUAGCGAGAGUUCGCGAGAGGAACGAAGGGCGUUGGAUUUGCGGACUGUGUGCUGAGGCAGUGAAGGAUGAAAUCAUGAGAUCGGAGAGGCGGAUUGGUACUGAAGAGGCUAUAAAUCGUCACAUGAAUUUCUGCAAAGAGUUCAGAGCUUUAAAGCCGCCACAGCAUCCAACGGAGGAAUUGAUAGCGGCGGUGAAGCAGCUGAUGUUAAGGAGCUUGGAUACGCCGAAGUCAAGUCCUGUGAGAAGGCAAGGAUUAGGAGUUCGACGUUCAGUGGAAAAGUACAAGUGA